AUGUCACGUCCAGGGCUGUUGCAUCGACCUUCAUCGAUUGCUGCGGCCAACAAGACCAUCAUCCUUGUUACUGGAGCAAAUACUGGCAUUGGGCUUGCAAUCGUCAAGGCGUUGGCAAUGGCCAGUCCUCAGAAUCAUGUGCUAUUAGGAUGUCGCGACACUCUCAAGGGAGAGGACGCUGCUGCCAGUAUUGGAGCUCUGAUCAACGUCAAUCCUAUUCAGCUGGAUAUUGAAGACGACAAGUCGGUGGAACAUGCUUUCUUAACCAUUAAUCAGUAUUUUGGGAAACUUGAUGUUUUGAUCAACAAUGCAGGUACUGCAGGUAAUCAUCUCCCAAAGGGUUCUACGCUACGUCAACUGUUUGACCACACCUUGUCAGUCAAUGUGACUUCACAGGCUGUCUUGACACAUUCUUUGACUCCAUUAUUGGAAAAGUCUCAAAAGCCAAAGGUCAUCUUUCUGUCAUCCUCACUCGGCAGUGUGCAGAAGACACUGGAGAGCUCCUCCAAGCCCUGGGAAGGAUUGUGGUAUACAUCGAGUAAGACUGCGGUCGGUGGAUUGACGGCCUGGUAUGCAAAGACGUUUCCCAGAUGGAGAGUCAAUGCCGUCUGUCCUGGUCUCCGGGCUACCGCCUUGCACAAGAAUGAUGUCUCAGGGGACGAGACGGAUCCCAAGUUUGGAGCGGUCAGGGUAGUUGAGUUGGUUCAGGAAGGGCCAAAUGGCGUGACUGGCACGUUUUCGAGUAAAGACGGCCCUGUACCGUGGUAA